AUGUCUCAAUGUCAAUCUCUCGUUGGCCUCAAAAACAAUCAAAAUAAUUUUGAGGACGAGGAGGGCGAUUCAAUAAAGAAGGGCAGUCGGCUGCGAAAUUCUCAUAGAUUAAUCUACAAUAUUUCUGGUGCCGCUAAAUCGGUCACCGUCAACUCCACUUCAUAUCUAUUCUCGGCCGUUUCCAAGGGCAUCAAAGGAACAAAAAACGGCAUUAUGGGGCUAGUCAAUGGGUACUCCACAAAUUCCGUUUCAGAGCCCAUGCUUCAGAUGCAGAGUUCUCAGAAUCUUGAUCUAGAACCAUCAGUAGAACCGGGCUUCCCUAGCGAUAGGUUGAUGGCCGAGCUUUUUGAGGACAAGGAGUCAUCUGAUACCGAAAAUUCAGUGAGUGAUCCGGAAACGUGCAGCCAGGACUUUUACUCUGGAUAUUUGCAAAAGUGGACCAACUACUAUGGCGGCUAUCGCAAACGAUUUUUCUCUGUCGAUCCGAUUCGCAACACUCUGUCCUACUAUAAAAGCGAGCACGAUUGGCCAGACAAGCCCAGAGCGGUAGCCCCUCUUUCAAGAUUAAAGAUUUUGCUUCCUUUGAAUCCAACGGGAUCGUUUUUGUCGGCCUCCGCUACUUCAUCGACGAUCGAGCGCAAUGCACCUUUGAAAUUUGACAUUAUAAUCAUUAAGCCCAAAGGCAGCAAGCACCGAAGCGCAGACAAAGAGCUGCCAUUGGAUAAGAGGGAGCUUGAGCCAAAGUUCUCGAUUUGGCACUUAAAGGCGGAUACCAACGAGCAAUCUUUCCAAUGGAUAUCUCUGCUUGCAAGGGUUAGCUCGAAAUCUUCCCGUCCUUCUUCCGCAAAUUCAAGCCCAUUUUCACGGGAUGUUACCUGUCCGUUGAUGACACCAUCGCAUCCCUUUUUUGGCCAAAGACCCUCGUCUGCUGUCCUGUCUAAAGACUGGGAUGGAAUUUUUCACGAUUUGAUUGCCAUUUGCAACACGGAGACCAUUACAAAGUUUACCUUUCAAACGAUUAGGGAGCUGCUAUUUUUGCUCAAGUCAUGUAGGGAGGAAGAGCUUAGAUUGCAUGCAGAUCAAAUAGCGUGUUUGAAAGAAAAGCUUCGUUGGCUUGCCUUCCAAACGAUGCCAAGUCAAGCUUCAUCUUCGGUCGAUGAAUUACGUGCAAGUGAAGUGGGAUUUAAAUAUCGCGAAAAGAUUGUUCCUGAAAGCGAAGAAACAGAAGAACCAGAAGAACCAGAAGAAAGCGAAGAAAACAAAGAAACCGAUGCAUACUCUUUAACAUUGACCGAGGGUUCUUCAAACGCAGGCUCCAUUGAUUCAGACAUGUCAAGCUCUGGAGACGAUCUAUUUUUUGAAUGUCAAAAUUAUAAAUCGUCUCCUAAAGCGGAAUUCAGUAUCAAUGAGCUAUCUGUGGGCUUAGAAAUUACCGAAGCUUCUGAGGUUGUUGCCUCUUCAAAAACAGAAAUCGAGUGUCUUCCAGAUAACCUUUCUAAAAGUGCAAUCGGGUACCCUUUAACACCCCGAAAUCGGCUUCCCGGAUUCGCCUCAAUAGACCUAUCCACAGUCUCUGUUUGGUCUGUCCUUCGUCAAGCAAUUGGAAAGGAUCUUACAAAACUAUGCGUUCCCAUCCAAUUUAAUGAGCCACUUUCAAUGCUUCAGCGAGUAGCCGAGGAUAUGGAAUAUUGGGAGCUGAUUGAACAAUCCAUUACCGAGCCUCUCCCAGAACGCCGUCUUUUGCUCAUUUCGGCCUUUGCCCUAUCAGUUUACUCUACCACUAGUGGCGGUAGGCUAGGAAAGCCGUUCAAUCCCCUGCUACAUGAAACAUACGAACUGGUUUAUCGAGACCAGAAAUCUAGCCCCCCUCGUGUGGCAUUCAGGUAUAUUUCAGAACAGGUCUCCCAUCAUCCGCCAAUCGCAGCUUCUGUCGCAGAAGGCAACGGCUGGAUUUUCGAAUCAGAAACACGCGUGAAAAUGUCCUUUUGGGGAAAAUACAUCAGCCUGAUUCCUGCCGGAUCCAAUCGGCUGAUUAUCACUUUGCCCUGUGGAGUCCAGGAGGUUUAUAGCUGGAAGCGAGUGACCAGCAACAUACACAACAUAUUUAUUGGGAAAAUGCGUAUGGACCAUUCCGGAGAGAUGGAUAUCACCUGCCAUUCUAAUGGCUACCACUGCAGAUUGGUCUUCAUGUCCGAUUCGUCGCAUCAAAGUAAUUCCGAAAUUCACAAUGUCCGUGGGCAUGUUUUCCCUCCGUCUCCAGAGGGUGGCUCCAAAAUCAACCCUCCAUCGUUCAUCAUCGAAGGUGCAUGGUAUUCAUCGAUCUGGGCAUUUCCUCUUGUCAACAAUGUUCCUUUGGAUGCCGAAAAAUUCAUAAUAUGGCGUGCAAAUGAACGCCCAGAGUGGUCCUCCUCGAUGUUUCACUUUACUUCCUUUGCAAUGUCAUUAAAUGAGCUUACACCAGAGCUUGGGGAUGCAAUUGCACCAACAGAUAGUCGCUGGCGUCUUGAUCAACGAGCCCUUGAGGAUGGUCGAUUGGAAGACGGAAUUUCGCUUAAAGAAUCGCUUGAAAAGCGCCAGAGAAAACGAAAGGGAGCUGAAAGCCAUCAAAGUCCAAUUUGGUUUGUCAAAAACACCGAGAAACACUAUAGCAGUGUCGAUAAAAUCUUUCCAAUUGCCUGGAAAUACCUUGGCGGCUACUGGGAGGCGAGGGAAAGCCCAUCCAAAUGGUCCACCAUAGGCCUGCCAACGAUAUUUUUGGACGAAAAUUGCACAUAG